ACGUCACUCACUCAGAAACCACAAGAAGAAAUGUUCGAAGGAGGUGGGGAGAAAUAGAAAGAGAGACACCCACGCAGAUCCAUUUCAUCCAUUCGUCUUCCUUUGGAGUCUGAUCUUCCUUUCGCUUCGUAUCUGUGUCUCAGUGGUCGCUGUUCCAAUUUGGCAUAAAAUGGUGGAUUCAAUUGCAACGACUUCCCUUCUUGGGCACUGGCCUGUGUCUCAAGUCUCUCCUUGCAAGGAUGGUUCCCAUAGGCGAAGAAUGUUCGAUUUUUGUCUGCUCCCCUGCACAUAUUUUUUGGGUCGACGGGUUCUUAGUACUUCUAUAUCUUCAACUCCAACCCCUUCAAGAAGUGAAAAGAUUGGAACUAGUCGAUCUGUGGUUUCUCCAGUUAAGGCUCUUGCAAUGGAACUCACAAAAGAAGCGGAUUCGUAUUCUCCGGGGGAGGAGAGAUCGUCCCAGGAUUUGAAGCAUUACUGGAUAGAUACGAGCACGCAACAGAGACGGGGUUUGUGGCCACCCCCAAAUAAGGCAGAUAAUCCUUCGCUACGCAACCCACUGCUACGGCAGGAAAGAAUGGGUUGUGGGUCGUUGGGGGCAAUCUUUGAAUGGGAAGGAGUGCUUAUUGAAGAUAAUACUGAUAUUGAGAAGCAGGCGUGGUUGGUUCUGUCAGAAGAAGAAGGUAAAUCUCCACCACCAGCUUUCAUCCUUAAAAGAAUAGAAGGAAUGAAAAAUGAGCAAGCAAUUUCAGAAGUUCUCUGUUGGUCAAGAGACCCAGGACAGCUGAGAAGAAUGGCUUCAAGAAAGGAGGAGAUAUAUCAAGGUUUGCAAGGUGGGAUUUAUAGAUUGCGGAGGGGUUCGCAGGAAUUUGUUAAUGUUCUGAUGAACUACAAGAUUCCAAUGGCCUUGGUUUCCACACGUCCAAGGAAAGCUCUUGAGAUUGCCAUUGGAGCCAUUGGGAUUGAAGGGUACUUCAGUGUGAUUGUCGCAGCAGAGGAUGUGCACAGGGGGAAGCCUGACCCUGAGAUGUUUGUUUAUGCUGCUCAGCUUCUCAACUUCAUACCGGAGCGGUGUAUUGUGUUCGGAAACUCUAAUUCAACUGUGGAGGCAGCCCAUGAUGCUCAUAUGAAGUGUGUGGGAGUUGCAAGCAAGCACCCUGUGUAUGAACUUGGAGCUGCAGAUUUGGUGGUGAGGCACCUUGAUGAGCUCUCCAUAGUUGACUUGAAGAACCUGGCUGAUAUUGAAUUGACGGAAUUUGGGUCUGGAGAACCGGAGGUGGAGAUGGAGGAAGAAGAUGAUGACCCAUAUCCAUCUACAUCCGUGGCAGCUGAUGAUUUCUGGUGAGGCAUUAAGAAGAAAUGUACAGAUAGUUCGUUGUUUAUCAUCUGAUUUUUCUUUGCCCUUUUUUUUUUUUUUUUUAGUUUUGAUUUUCUUAUAGUGAUUCUAAUUAGGCCAUUAGUCUCCCCUUAGCUACGUAUAUUGGUUGUGCUGUCUAUAAACAGAAAGGGGAGAGGGGGGAAAAAAGAGAGAAAAAGCAGUGGGUAUAAUCCUCUUAUCAUGUAUGUAUCUGUACCAUAUACGCAAUAUAUAUAUUUCAAACUCUGAACCGUGAUUAUGACA